AUGAGACGGACUUUCCUAAAAACUCAAACCAACGCUGCAAGGAUUUUGAAGUAUCAGACCAUCUGGAUUUGUGGACGGCUAAAAUAAAAAAAACAAUGGUCACUCUCUCUGAUGUUUUUAACAUUCAUGUUAACAGCAAAGACAGGCCUGGAAUUUCAUCUUUGAGAGGAAAGGAUAUUUCUUGUUUUGCCAAAGGGCGGCACGUCAAUUGAAAAUCUCCAAGUCUAUGGGAAACUUCUAAAGGGGCACCAAGGCCAAUACCUUCAUGUUAACAGCAAAAAGGUUCCAAACAGGCCUUGAGUUUCAUCUUUGAGAGGAAAGGGUCUCUUUCAUUUUGCCAAAGGGCACUUCCAUUGCAAAUUCUUCAAGUCUAUGGGGAUCUUCUAAAGGGGCACCAAGGCCAAGACCAGGGGCAACGGAGGCCAUGGCCUGUGUGGUCUCCGUUGUUUUUAUUUCAGGCCUGUCUCAAUAGUUGGAUGAACAUUCUGGAAUACAACGAUAACAUCUGGAGUAAAACUGCGGGACAUGAUUUCUCCUACGGACAGCUGAGAUAAUAUUUUAGUUUUCUAACCGAGCUGUUGUAAUGAUUCAGUACGAUGGAUGUAUAUCACAUUCAACUUCUGGUUGAUUAGUCCCCAAAUUUAUUUCCAAGAUUUUGAAGUGUCGAAGGCAGGGCUUAAUGUUUGCACCGCAGAAACAAGACCAGUGAUUUUGGCAUCGGACCAGUAACAAUCACUUCCAUGUUCCUUUAGUUUUCUAACCUUGCUGUUGUAAUGAUUCAGUACAAAGGAUCAGCAUCCAAUGUCUGGUUAGUCCCCCAAAUAUUUGUUUCCCCAUGCAAGUGUCGAAGGCAGGGCUUAAUGUUUGCACCGCAGAAACAAGACCAGUGAUUUUAGCAUCAGAUCGGUAGCAAGUCCUUCCAUGUUUUUCAACAAUCUGAUGAGUAUCAAAUGUAGUCUAUGAAAUACAAAUGAGAUAAAUUUCUUCUAACUUUGUCUUAGUGCAUAUAUUCAAGUGAAAAUAGUUGAAUGCUUGCUUUCUCAUUUAAAACCUGGACCCAAUUUCAUAGAGCUGCUUUGGCAUAAAAAUUUUCCUUACCAUGAAAUUUCUUCCUAGAUAAAAACAUGAUUACCAACCAAAUUUCCACGUGAUUUUCAGGAUUUGCACACAUCAGCGGAGUACCGGCAACAAGCACUAUGCAACAAAUGGAGAUUUGGUUGGUAAUCCUGUUUUUAUCUAGGAAGAAAUUUCAUGCUAAGCAAAUUUUUGUGCUUAGCAGCUCUAUGUAAUUUGGCCCUGGUCUUUUACACAAAAAAAUCUGAUCCAGUAAAUAGUUUGAGCUACAAGCCCUGAGAUCUUGCAAAUAUUCCCUUAAAAAAUUAGAGCCCCGGAAGAUUUUAAUAUAGUUCUAUGCUCAUGUAUGUAUGGGGUGAUCAUGGUGUCUAGAUCAACUGAAUGGACAUUUUUGCCUGUCUUUGCCCAAAUUUUGCAGUGGGUGCUUCAAUACAUCAUCCAACUUUGAUUUUUCCCAGGGUCCAGAAACUCCCUUUCAAUAUUUCCUGAAUUCUUUGUUAAUUUCCCAAAAUGUCUGUAAACUUAGUUACAUGCUGAUGUGGUGGAGGUAUUUUCCCCACCAGAAAAUAAUUAUCAGAAAAGUAUCAGAAAAUUAGCAUGUUACUUUAAGCUGGCCAGGUUAAGGCGAAAUGUGAAAUAAAGAGUUAAUUGAUUUCAAAAGAAACAAUAUUGUCAUCACUUUUUUUAUAUUUUUUUUUUAUGGUUUCAUUUCUGUAAAGCUUAUGAUAACUUAAUCCACGUAGCGCCCGGUCCUAUAGUUGAAAAGACGAGAAAAGAUCCUGACCACCCUCAAUGCACAACCAAACAAACCUUUAUUAAUUUUAUCAAAUUUUUCACUCAUUUUUACCAAAAGGAUUAUCUGUUUUUUGUAAAUUAGAUCAGACAUGAUAUUAGGUCCUUUGAAAAAAAGUAGGAAUAUUUUAUUAAAAAAAAACAGGCUAAAGUAAGGAACAUGGAGGAAGUAUAUGGUAGGAACAAUAUCAUGCCUGAGAUAAAAAUUGAUUUCAAAACAAAUGAAAAAGUGUAGGCAGGAUUUUUAUAGGAUACAGAUAUUUGUUUGUUUGUUUGCUUAGAUGAUCUUCCCGUCAAGGGAACUUUGCAAACAACUCCCACAAAGGAAUAUCAACACCAAGCUGGCAACAGCCACUCUCUCUUCUUCCCUUGUAAACGGAACAAUAACAAUGUCACGUGAAUGUGAUCGGUGAUGGUGUGAUCCGUUUCUAAAAAUAGAUCUGAAAGGCGCACGGUGCCCAGUAGUAUACCUGGGAUAAUUGUUGGUUACACAAGUAAAGUAACCAGUCUAAAGGCUAAAAAGGAAAAUUUGAGGAAGGAGGGAGAAAUUUCUUUAAAUUACUUCUAAAAUUAUGUAACCAUGGCAGCCGAUACUGCAUACUUUUUACUACAUACUGAGAUCAUUCAGAAAUGUCAAUAUUUUACCGUCAUUUUGGUAUCGUUGUUUGUUGCUGUGGUUGGCGAAUGGCAGUUUUUAGCGAGCGGUAGCACACAUUCAACGAGGCCGGGCAUUGAGAGCAAAUCAACCCACGAGAAUGUCGCGUACCGUCCGGUCAUUCUGGUACACGGUGUCUUUGCUGUUAACAAUUCGCUGGCUGGUUUAAGGCAGUUUAUUACACAGGCACAUCCUGGCACCAGCGUUACAUCGAUUCCGUUAUUUGAAGAUUUACAAAGUGUGGAACCAUUAUGGAAACAAGUACCCAAGUUUGCCGCCGCUAUGCGUCCCAUCAUGCAACAGGCUCAAGAUGGUGUUAUACUCAUCUGCUACUCACAAGGUGGAAUCAUCUGUCGCGGAAUUCUGGAGACAAUGUCUGACCAUAAUGUUCACACCUUCAUUGCUCUGUCAUCACCACAGAUGGGCCAGUAUGGAGAUACGUCAUACAUCCCGUUUCUGCCAAAACUGAAAGCAGAUGUUUAUAAAUUCUGUUACCAUGCUCUUGGUCAAGAUGUAUCCAUAUGUAACUAUUGGAAUGAUCCUCAUCAUCAAUCUUUGUACCAGCAAGGCAAUGACUAUCUUCCAGUCCUUAACAAUGAGACAUUGAACACCAACAGCCAAGAUUGGAAGGCAAAUUUUCUGCGGUUGAAGCAAAUGGUUAUGAUUGGCGGGCCGAAUGACGGAGUCAUCACCCCCUGGCAGUCAAGCCAUUUUGGAUUCUAUGACGACAAUGAGAACAUUGUGGAAAUGAGGGACCAAGAGAUUUACAAAUAUGAUUCAUUCGGGCUUCAAACUCUGGACAAACGGAACGCACUGAAGACCUACAACGUAUCUGGUGUUAAGCAUACUAACUGGCAUCGCAAUCAGACUGUAUUCGAUAGUUGCAUUGAACCAUGGCUCUCUUAAUCUACCUUCUGUUGGCGGGACGGCAAACCAUGAGGUUAGAGCAUUUAUACCGUUGGCUUUUGCGUUAAUCCCAGGGAGCGAUUUCAUUCAACAAUUUUGCAAGCAAAACAAUUUGCGUGAAUUAGCGUGAACGUAUUUGGUGCACACUGAAUGCCAAUAAUGACCAGCUGACACAUUUUGUGUAGCAUUUUGUUCUACUAUACAAGGGAAAUCGCUAAAUGUUAACAGAAUUCAACUGAAAAGGAACAUCGUAAUAUAAUCUGUAAUAAUAAUUUGAAUAAACUUCUGGAUGUGCCUUCCGUUAAUUUUACCACACAGUAAAACGCUUUCUGCACCUUGCACUGUCAGUUACUUAUUCACAGACAACUUAUCACCCCAUUAAACGCAUGAAUUCCUUGUAUACUUUCCUUUGAAACAACAAUCAAGUAUAAUUGUGGCCUAGUGGAUAAGAACACCGAACUCAAGCUCUGGUGUUUCUGAUCAGCAGAGUGUGGGUUUGAGUCCCUGUCGUGGAAACUUGUGUCCUUAAGCAAGACACUUAAUCAUUAUUGCCCCAUCCUUCGCAUGGGACAUAGAGCGGAAGGUCAAGUGUGUUGUGUAAUGCACAUAAAAAAAAAAACAGUGUACUUAUCGUGAAGAGAAGGGGUUGGACCCGGUAUUCCUGGUUUGAUUGGCUGCAUUUUGCACCACAGCACCUUGUUAACAAUUACAUGGUAUCUAUGACAUGAGCCAUUGCCUGGUGAGGUAUCAAUAUAUAUUUGGUUUGCGGUAACACCAUGUGUGUUUCUAUUUGCCAGGUAGAGUUUGGUCUUUAGAGAACUGUUCUAUAGUCUACCACCACUUAGUAGAUUUUUCGGAAAGUUCGGCAGGCUUUUGACUGCUAUCUGGGCGGAGGGUAGAAAAUCGGCUGGGACUAUGUAAACGAAUAGGUAUUAUACUUCACGUAUCUCCACAUUAUCUUGUAGGAAAAUACUAACGGCACAUAGGGACAUCAUGGUGAUAUGCGCUAUAUAAGAAUGGGUAUUUAAUAUGAAUUAUGAAACACUGUGUCAUCCUGCCGAUAAAGACCAUAGCAUCGGUAAAAAAUUACUGGUAGGGAAAUAAUUUCCAGCGUUGAUUAAAAGUUAAACAUUUAUGUGUAAGUCUUUUCACAUUACAUGUGAUUCAGGGUUUUUUUCUCAAAAAGAUUUCAUUUGAAACUUAACUUCCGGCGAAGCCUUCUUAAAUUAUGUAGUAUUUUAUAUUCAGUUAUAGUUUUGUAUUACUCAGAUUUGGAUAAAUAGUUUACUCUUAUCAAAGUUUGUACAAUUUUUGGUAUGAAGUUUUCAGAUUUAUCUAUAUCAAAUAUUAGUUGGUUUGUUUUAUUAUAAAAAUAGUUAUCCAGAGUGUAUUUUGUUAAACAAAAGUUUAAAAUUAUUCAAGAUAAGUGUGGUUUUUAAUGAAGUUAAAUCAACAUUUUAUGCUGAUAAAGAUUUUAUAAUUAUUUGUAAAUUUCUGAAUUGUUUCCAUUUUUGGGAAAAUAAUUCGUUUUUUUUUUACAAAAUAAAAUAAAAUAACUUUUAUAAUUUGAUAUAAUAUGCAAGAAUUUGUAAAUACGACAAUAGUUGCGGAGUUAUUUGCUUUCAAGAGUAUAGAAAAUUUUUAAUCUUAAAAAAAAAAAACGAAAAUGUACUGUAAAGUCUAAAAAUUAUGUUCAGUGUCAUCUACAAAAUAUUUACUGGUACUUAAAGUCAUCUGUUUUUUUUUUUACAAAAUGGUGACUGCAAGGUUCCUAUGACUCAACUUUUCAAUAAUAGCAUUACGGUACGCAGGUAUGAUACUCCUGCUUAAAGCCAUUGGACCCUUUCGGUUAAAAAAAAAACAAAUAAAAGUUCACAAAUUUACAAAUAACUUACAGG